CUACUUUUUGCCGUUGGCGGGAGGGGCUUGGGGGGGUGGCUGGGGCUGCUCCGCGUCGCGCUUCUUCAACAGCCGCUCUCUGGCCUCCUGUGCGGCAGGGCUGGCGUAGGUACAGUUCUCCACCUCUCGCUCAACCUCUUGCUGCAAUCAAUCAACCAUGGCCAUCAGAAAGGGGCAGGGCAGCACUGUGGGGUGGGAGUUGUCCUCUCCUUCCUGCCUGCCUCCCUCCCUCCCUGGAAGAAUGGUGUGGGGUGUUUAUGCGCGGACCGACCUGGAGGAACUCAGUGACGUUUUCGUUGCAGAGUACGUGGCAGUCGUCAAGCUUCUGGAUGAUGAAGUUGCGCUCACUGUUGAGCCGGGUGAUGAUCUCCAUCGUCGGCUCGUCGCUGACGCAUGGAUGAAUGGAUGGACAACACACACACACACACACACACACAGGGGCAGUCAACGAGGACCACCACCAGGAGUGAGUGCAGCGAUGGCCUGUGUGUGCGCGCGUGUGCCUCCAUCGCAUGCACCACGCGCACGGCCUGGCCUGCUCUCUGCUCGCGUGCUUGUGCAUUCGUGAAUCCAUCCACUUGCAUGACGGAUGAGUGAGUGGUGCGCUCACCAUUCGACAAGAAUGCCCUUCAUCGACUUGACCUUCCCCGCCAUGACGCGCUGCUACCCAGGUGGCUGUCCGGCCUCCACACCGCAUAUACGCUGCACGAAACGAGCUCAAACACACCGACGGGGCG